AAGUCUACGUAAUACACAAGAGGAAGAACCCCCAGACCCACAGCUAAUGCGGCUAGACAACAUGCUAAUAGCUGAAGGUGUAGCGGGACCAGAGAAAGGUGGGGGAGCUGGAGCUGCAGCAAAUGCCUCAGCAGCGGCCUCUGGCGGACCAGGACAACCCGAAAAUACAAUCGAACAUUCAGAUUACCGGGCAAAACUAGCACAAAUAAGACAGAUAUAUCAUCAGGAAUUAGAUAAGUAUGAACAGGCUUGCAACGAGUUUACUACACACGUGAUGAACCUGCUCAGAGAACAAAGUCGGACGAGGCCUAUCACUCCAAAGGAGAUCGAGAGAAUGGUACAGAUCAUCCAUAGAAAAUUCAACUCCAUCCAAGUGCAGCUGAAACAGAGCACGUGCGAAGCCGUUAUGAUACUAAGAUCGAGGUUUUUGGACGCCAGGCGGAAAAGGCGAAACUUCAGUAAACAAGCAACAGAAAUCCUUAAUGAAUACUUCUACUCCCACCUGAGCAACCCCUAUCCUAGUGAAGAAGCUAAAGAAGAUCUAGCCAGAAGGUGUUCUAUCACCGUGUCACAGGUUUCCAAUUGGUUUGGCAACAAGCGGAUCAGGUAUAAGAAGAAUAUCAACAAAGCUCAAGAGGAGGCCAAUUUGUAUGCAGCCAAAAAAGCAGGUUAG